UCUACGUUUGUUUUACGUCUCCAGUUGCGGACGCUACAACACGUCGGACAUCAGUUAACAGGGGAGCGAGCUAAUCCGAAACACCCCGGCCGAGCGCUCCAGCCUCCGCGCCCAGCGUCUGAACCCGGGUGCGACGUUGAGGUGUCCCGGCAGGACCGCGACAGAGAGCCGGUGACCCGGUGCACGGAACCGGGGACCCGUUGCGCCUGGACGAGCGUGUGGAUGGAGCGGGGUCGGUAGCUAGCGGGCUAAGCUGCAUAACGGGACCGCAGGAGGCCCGCUAAGCGGGUCCUCAGAGGGGGGGGGGGGCGAGUCCGCCGGACCGGGCAGCCGAACGGGUCCAGGCGGCUCUCAGCGGGUCCCCCGCACCGGGUGUCCGAAUCCCCGAGGGGCGCAGAACGUCUUUUACCUGGGUGAGAGAUGUGAGGGCUGCCAUCUUCCCUGUUGCUGCGGGAACGCUCCCUCCUCCCUCCAUGACACAGCGCCCCCUGCCGGCCACAUCUCCACGCAGCGGUGUGUGCGUGUGCUCGAAUGCAGGCUUGGGAGGGGCGAUUCGGCGAGACUCGGAAUCACUCGGGCGAAUUCGGAGCGACUCGCCGACACUCGGGACGGGCUCGGAGCUGGUCGGAGCCACUCGGAGCUCGUCGGUGUGCGUCGGGCACUGCGGAGCCGCUGUCGGACCAUGAGAGCGCCGCCGCGGUGGGAUUUACGGUGACGGGAUCGUGAUCUUGGAGCUGGAAUAUGGCGGAGAGGUUGGAAUGGGUGGAGAUCAUCGAGCCGCGCACCCGCGAGCGCAUGUACGCCAACCUGCUGACGGGCGAGUGCGUGUGGGACCCGCCGCAGGGCGUGCGCAUCAAGCGCACGGGCGAGAACCAGUGGUGGGAGCUGUUCGACCCCAACACCUCGCGCUUCUACUACUACAACGCCAGCAGCCAGCGCACGGUGUGGCACCGGCCGCAGGGCUGCGACAUCAUCCCGCUCGCCAAGCUGCAGACGCUCAAGCAGCACAGCGACGGCGGCGGCGGCGGCGGCGGCCCGCGGCCCCCCAGCGGGGGAGGCGGGGGGGUGGCGUCUGCCGACAACAGCCCGGGACGGAACAGCGUGGUGAGCCGGGAGGGGAGCACCUCCUCUUCCCUGGAGCAGGACGCAUCGGAGAAACAGGAAGUAGACAGGACGUCUCCGUUCAGGUGGAACACCGGGACGAAGGAGCGGAUGCUGAUCAAGGUGACGGACCGAGAGCCCAGCUUCCUGGCCCACCAGGGCAACGGCUACUCCCCCUGUGACCCCCCCACCCCGGGAGGCGGGGUGGGGGGCACGUCCUCCAGGACCCGCCGCUCUUCGGGGGGCAACCCGCCCCCGGAGGGCGACGGCUCGCCCGUCCUCUACGCCGACCGCCGGCAGUCCCCCUUCCUGAAGCGGGCGGAGCUGGGCGGGGCCGGCGGCGCGCGGCGCCCGUCGGCCGACUCCCAGCCGCCGUCGCCCCGCUACGCCUACGAGCCGCCGCUGUACGAGGAGCCGCCGUCCGAGUACCAGCCGCCUCCCAUCUACGAGGAGCCGCCCAGCGACGCGCACCUCUCCGACUCCUUCUACGGCACCGGCAAGUCGCCCGCCCGCAAGAGCUCCGCCCCCCUUUACCACUCGCCCAAGCAGGGCCAGUCGCCGUACGGCCAGCUGGUUCUGACCCGGCAGAAGUGUCCGGAGAAGACCCAGAGUCUGGAGUACAGCCCGGUCGGGAAGGAGUACGUCAAGCAGCUGGUGUACGUGGAGCAGUCGUCGUCCAGCCCCCGCUUCAAGACCGCCGACCGGCUGCUGCAGUCGUACUCGGGGGGGUCGUACGGGGGGUCCUACACCCUGCAGCACAGCCAGUCUCUCAUCCGGGACCCCCGCCUGCUCCUGGACUACGGCGGCGAGGGCGGCGACGGGGGCCAGAGGCUGCUCUACGAGGACUCCAUAUCCUGGUCGUCCGCCAACCGCAAGCGCAAGACCCGGAAGCCGUCGCUGCCGCAGGAGCUGGCGCGCUGCCGGGACGGCGAGCCGGCGGGGGCGGCGCCCGACGCCGUGGCGGCGCAGGCCCGGCUGGCCUGGGAGGCGCAGCAGGUGAUGAGGCAGAGGAGCAGCUGGGACUCGGGCGGCAAGGACGGCUACGAGAGCGACGGCGCCGUGCCGCCGCCGCUGCCGGGCCCCGUGGUGAGGGCGUUCAGCGAGGACGAGGCGCUGGCGCAGGCCGACGGGCACCACUGGAAGCGCGGCGCCUUCGACCGCCUGGCGUUCCCGCAGGCGCUGCUGGAGAAGAGCCUGUCCGUCCAGACCAACCUGGCGUCGCCGGAACCCUUCCUCCACCCGUCGCAGUCCGAGGACCUCGGCGCCUGCGCGCAGUUCGAGGCCAGCCGGAACGCCCGGAACAUGAUGCCGAGCGCCAGCUGCGGGAUCUUCCCCGAGUUCACGCUGAGGAAGCCGUCCUCGGAGACCGACAUCGAGAACUGGGCGUCCAAGCACUUCAACAAGCACACGCAGGGCCUGUUCCGGAGGAAGGUGUCCAUCGCCAACAUGCUGGCGUGGAGCAGCGAGCCCAUCAAGAAGCCCAUGAUCGUGACGUCGGACCGCGGCGUGAAGAAGGAGGCGGUGGACAUCUUCAAGCUCAUCCAGACCUACAUGGGGGACCGCCGCUCCAAGGCCGAGCCGCUCGCCGUGGCUCUGGAGGUGGUGGUCCGCGGGUGGAGCAACCAGGCCUUGCGCGACGAGCUGUACAUCCAGCUGUGCCGCCAGACCACCGAGAACUUCCGCUACGACAGCCUGGAGCGCGGCUGGGAGCUGAUGGCCGUCUGCCUGGCCUUCUUCCCGCCGACGCCGCGCUUCCACAACUACCUGGAGGGAUACAUCUGCCGCCACAUGGACCCGCUCAACGACACCAAGGGAGUUGCGAUCAGCAGCUACGCCAAGUACUGCUACAGGAAGUUGACGAAAGCCGCUCUGACCGGAGCCAAGAAGGGCCUGCAGAAACCCUCGGCGGAGGAGAUCGUGCACGCCCGGAACGCCGUCUUCAGCCCGUCCAUGUUCGGCUCGUCGCUGGAGGAGGUGAUGGCGCUGCAGAAGGAGCGCUACCCCGACAGCCAGCUGCCCUGGGUGCAGACCCGCCUGUCCGAGGAGGUGCUGGGUCUGAACGGGGACCAGACGGAGGGCAUCUUCAGGGUACCAGGAGACAUUGAUGAAGUCAACGCCCUCAAGCUGCAAGUGGAUCAAUGGAAAAUCCCCACAGGGCUGCAGGACCCGCACAUCCCAGCGUCCCUGCUGAAGCUCUGGUACCGCGAGCUGGAGGAGCCGCUGAUCCCCCACGAGUUCUACGAGGAGUGCAUCGGUUGCUACGACGACCCGGAGGCGGCGGUCAACGUGGUGCUGGGCCUGCCGCACAUCAACAAGCUGGUGCUCUGCUACCUCAUCCGCUUCCUGCAGGUCUUCGCCCAGCCCGCCAACGUGUCGGUCACCAAGAUGGACGUCAGCAACCUGGCGAUGGUCAUGGCGCCCAACUGCCUGCGCUGCCAGUCCGACGACCCGCGGGUCAUCUUCGAGAACACCCGCAAGGAGAUGUCCUUCCUCCGGGUGCUGAUCCAGCGGCUGGACACCAGCUUCAUGGACGGGAUGCUAUAGCCCCGCCCCCUUCCCUUCCCUUCCCGGCCCCGCCCACCCACCCCACACACUCACCGUCCGUUGUCCGUCAUCGCCACCUCAGCUGGAACACUGCGUGUGCCUUUCACAUGGGAACACGGUGGAAACCGUCCAUCCUUCACGCCGACGCCGACGCGCUCGACUCACGGGGGAUUCAGCCGUUGCCACGACGACGUUCCCUCGUCCCAGUCUCACACUGUUAACGUGUUUCACACUGCCGUCACCUCACUCUUUACUUUACACACUUUUUUAACUCCAAUGUAACGUCGAACGACGGUUCCGGACGUCGCGUUCGCCCCGACGACCGACAAGCGUUGCGAUUCAAAAUCCCGUUCCGGCCGAUUUCUCGGCGGCCGGCUAUCCACGUUUACGUUUAGCGAGGAAACUUUAACCGCGAAAAAAAAAACAAAACAACAAAAAAAAAAAACUAGCCAAACGUCGUCCUUCGAAACGAUAAUCGGGAUUAGAGA